UGUUUUCUAUUUCUGUUGUUUAGUUUUUACUCCGCUGUAUUAAUCACACUUUCAGUCCGAACAGAAACUUAAGGACACACAAAGUAUUUCCCAAAACAUUUUAAUUCAGUCGUUACUUUGCCAGUAAAAUAGAAAUCUUGAAAGAAUUUGUAAAUAUUGUUGGGAUGUGAAGCUCAAGUUCAGUAAAGUCUUAGUAUAAUAAUAUCUACAUGUUAAUAUGCAGAAUCGCUGUGGGAAAAAGUCAUGUUUGCUGAUUGUUUUCAUUAACAGUCUUUAUGUUGGAUUUAAUUUGUUCCUUUGUUUUUCUGUUCAUUUGCUUUGUAUAUGGUAUAAAUAUAACACGUGUCAGAAACAAGAACAAACAGCAAGAAAAUAUGAUCGAAAUAAUAUCAAAUAACUCAAAUACAAGUAUCACGUGAAAUAUAAAAAUAGACAUAACAGGAAGUCAAUAAGUCAAGAAAUUACAUGAUCAGUAUUUAAAGAUAAUGCAGGUGUAAUACAUUCGAUAUGUUGCCAUAGUAACACAUCAUUUUCAUUAAUUUUUAUUUGUGUUUGUUUUUCAUUCAAAGUUUUAAAUCAUUUUCAGAGCUCGAGUUGUUUUGAUAACCUUCCUUACGUGUGUAACGGUGUCGGUGCUCAUUUGUCCUCAGUAGCACUUGAAUGCAUCGCUCUCUCUUGAUUGGCCAUCCUCUAUCUCCGCUGCUCAGUGCUCCUCUCUGAUUGGUCACCUCGUAUGUCAGUUAAGAUAUUUUCCCGCCUCAGUUAAAAUCGAGGCGGGCCCGUCUUGUGUAUGGGGUGACGUCAUUAGUGGACUGUCCAGACCAUGAUGGCGGCAGCAGGAGCAGUGGCGGAGUUGGGCGGCGGUCCCGGUUCUUCUCCCUCCGGUCCCUCGCGGCCUGUGGCGGCGGACUACUCGGUGCUGGUCGUGGUGGGAGCGCUGCGGCCCGCCGGGCUGCUGGAGCAGCUGCUGCGGCAGAUAGACUCAGGUGUGCGGUGCUGGCCUGUGGAUCUGGAUGUUUCUGUUCUGGAUCAGCAGCUAAAACUGUUUGUCUCCAGACACUCGGCCCUCCUGUCAGAACACGUCCCAGCUGAUUGUCCCCCUGCAGGCCAGAGGACUCUGCAGCACCACGGAGAUGUUCUGGACACUCAGGUUGUUGUGAAUCCAGCUCAUGACUUCGUCUGCUCGGAGGUCCGGCGGCUCAUCUGUGAUUCAUCGAGACACAAACUGUUGGUUCUGGCCGGUCAGUGUGUUGAAGACAGCGGAGACAUCGUUUUACAGAGAGGCUGCUUUUCUCUCAGUCACCUGGUCCACAUAUUUGAAGAUGAGGAGGUGGGAGAGUUGUUGAGCUCUGCUGACCCAGCGAUCAAGGUCAGCCUCACCAUCAGCUGUCCAGACUUUGGUCUCUGGAAAGACUCUGUGUUGGAAAAACACAACCUUCAGGACUUCAUCAACAUCCGGAUCAACCCUCCCCUCGUCCUCCCAGAGAUGGAGGGUCUGCAGGAGUUCACCGAGUACCUCUCUGAGUCUCUGGAGCCUGAAUCCCCCUUCGACCUGCUCGAGCCCCCAAGCACCGUAGGCUUCCUGAAACUGUCACGGCCCUGCUGCUACAUCUUCCCCGGCGGGAGGGGAGCCUCAGCUUUCUUUGCUGUUAAUGGUUUUAAUGUCCUGGUUAACGGUGGCUCUGAUCCACGAUCCUGCUUCUGGAAACUGGUUCGACACCUGGACAGGAUCGACUCGGUGCUCUUGACUCACAUCGGCGUAGACAAUCUGCCCGGGCUGAACAGUCUGCUGCAGAGGAAGGUGGCAGAGCAGGAGGAGGAGCCGACUGGAGCUCAUACUGAAGAGGAGUGGAUGAAGAACCUCAUCUCUCCUGAGAUCGGGGUGGUCUUCCUCAACGCUCCUGACAGACUGAAGUCCAUCCAAGGAGAUCCUAGCGAGCUGCGGAGCUGUGACCAGGUGGCACUCACUCUGCAGCUCUUAGAGAGACUAGCAAUCAAACCCGAGCCCAUCAGCCGGUCCAGCAGCGCCGCUAUAGAACCCGUCAUCCUGUUUCAGAAGAUGGGAGUUGGCCGUCUUGAGCUGUACACUCUGAAUCCAGUCAGCGGCAGCAAACACCUCGAAGCUUUAAUGCAGAUUUGGCCAAAUGGCAGAUCAGAUGUGAAGGGCUCAGAUCUUCCACUCCCGUGCCUUGUUUCCAUUUGUGCUUUGCUGGUCUGGCAUCCGUCCAGCCCCCAGGAGAAGAUUGUCCGUGUCCUUUUCCCAGGGUGCACACCGCAGACCAAAAUCCUGGAAGGACUUGAAAAACUCAAACAUCUUGAUUUCCUCAAACAUCCUGUGGUCAGUUUGAGGGACCUCGAAACAUUCAAAUCAGAGAAACAACCUAAAAGAGCAGAGAGUCGUGAAAGCCUUAAGUCUCAGUCGAAGGACUUCAGACCCAGCAGUGCCUUACAGAAAGACAAGCUUGGACGAGUUGAUGUCAAAAAACAGGAGGUGAAAAUGAAGCCGGGUGGUGACACUGCAACUAAAGACAAGAAGGAUGGGGAAGAAAAGCCCAAACUGAAGGACACAGAACCUAAAUCAAAACCACCUAAACCUGCAGAAAAAGUUGUUCCAAAGAAAGAAGUGUCAAAAGAAGAGAAGAGGGAAGUGAAGAAGGAGGAUAAAGCUCAAGCUGCCGUGGUAAAGAAAGAAGAAAGUGGAGAUAAAAAGAAAGAAGUGGUCAAGAAAGAAACUCUCACAACAAAACCAAAGAAAGACAUCAAACCUGAACCAAAAAAAGAUGGCAAGAAGGAUGUAAAAACAGAGGAGAAGAAAGUAGCAAAACCAGCUGUGAAAGAAGUGAAGAAACCAACAAGUGUAGCGUCAACAGGAAGUGCAGAAUUGAGAAAAGCUUCGGGGAAGAUUGGGACUCUGAGGAAAGACGGAACUCUUCCAAAGAAAGACACUCUGACAAAAGGGACAAAAGUUAAACCAGGUACAAAGGAGCAGGAAAACCAGAAGGAGGCAGAUUGCUCCAAGGUGUCGACACCAAAGGACAUGACGGCUGAGUUUGAACAACUUCGAUUGGAAGAGGACAACAGGAACAGGGGUCAGAACUCAAAAGUCACUGCAGUCAUGAAUGAGGCGAAUGGGAACCAGACCGCGAUCGUCGAGAGUCCAGAGAAGUUCCGAUGUGAGACAGAACGGGAUGUGUCCUCACCUCUCAACACAACUGUAAAGGGUGUUAAUUUUGAUCUCAGUCCAGCUGCAUCCCAGCCAGUCGGAGGCUUGUUGAAAAACAGACCAGAUGACGUGUCAGACUCCGACUGUGCAGGCCGAACCCCUCUGGAGGAUUUCAACCAGGGAGGCUCCUGUAGGACAUCUGACCUAAACUCCACGUCCUCUCAGGACAAACAGUACAGUCUUCUGACACUCAGUCCUUUCAAAGACAUCAUGCCAGACUCCUCGUCCACCGUGACCUCAAUGCCGGCAGAGGUCGGCUCUCCACACUCCACAGAGGUCGAUGAUUCUUUGUCUUUCUCUUUGGAACAAAUGCUGCCACCCUCUGCAGUCUCACCCAAAGGUCCUCUGGGAGUCUACUCCAAUGGACAUGUCAGCGAUUUGGGCAACAACACUGAGCUGGCCUUAGCUCAGAGGUCAAACCAUUAUGGCCGCUGUGGAGACAGAUCAGAGGAACACAUCCACGGGCUCUCAGAGCUCAUCUCAGAUGUUCCUCAUGACGUCGAUCUCUGUUUGGUGUCGCCGUGUGAGUUCCAACACCCGAAGACUCCAGAGAACCAUCAUCAUCAUCAUGAUCAUCAUCAGCACGUCAGCCCCGUCCUCGCCACCAGGACCUCACCUGACCUCUCUGAUAACAACAACCACUCACGGGAUCCAAGCAGCAGUGACUGCCCCUCAGCUUACAGCCAGGAGACGCCACCCACAUCUGUCAGUGAGUCCCUGCCAACAGCGACAGACUCUGACGUCCCCCCGAACACCGAGGAAUGUCCCUCCAUCACAGCAGACAUGGACUCUGAUGACGACUCCAGCAGCCUGUUCCCACACGAUCUUCCCAGUCAGAUCUACGGCCACACCUCCCACGACCCCCCACCUGCCCCCGUCAAAGAUCUGCCCCCAUUACCACCCCAGCCGGGAGCCUGCACCGUCGAUUCUGAGGCUGAUUGCCCGAACAAGAACCCAAAGGCUUCAACUGCCAAGAAGAAACCGACAGGUAUGACACAGAAGGCGACCUCCGGGAGCUCAACAGCUCAAAAUGGAAAGACCAAAGUGGGCAGCUCCACGGGGUCCCUGAGGACCACCUCCAGCCUCGACACCAAACCAUCAACACGAAGUUCUCUGGGAGGAUCCAGGAUCGGGACUGCAAAAUCAUCAUCCUCAGCUUUCAGAGCUACUGGUUCUGCUGCUUCUGAAAGUUCUGUGGUGUAUGUGGACCUUGCCUACUUGCCGUCGGGCGAUGCCUCCUCCACCGUGGACCUGGAGUUCUUCAGACGCCUUCGCUCGUCUCAUUACAUCGUGAGCGGGGACGAUCCUGUGAAGGAGGAGUCGAUGAGGAGCAUCCUGGAUGCUCUGCUAGAGGGGAAGAAGAGCUGGCCAGAGGUUCAGGUGACUCUGAUCCCGACGUUUGACUCACUGGCAAUGCACGAGUGGUACCAGGAGACCCACGACAGGCAGCGUGACCUGUCAGUCACCGUGCUGGGGAGCAACAGCACCGUCGCCAUGCAGGAGGAGACCUUUCCUGCAUGCAAGGUGGAGUUCUGAGGCCCCGCCCACCUCAGACCGCCUCACAGGUGGGCCAGAAGGUGCAGAGGAGCCUGUUGCCAUGGUUGCACUCAGGCCAGAUGACGGGGCCUGCAGAGUCCCCGCCCCCUUCAGUUGAGUCAUAUCAGUGAGCAUGCCCAGUUAGUCCCCACGCAGAGGAGACAGGAAGUCCAGAUGAAAUGCGUUCCUUUAGACUUCCUGCUCCUGUGUGACGUCACUGCACGGUUAACCCUGGCAAUUCCUGUCAGUUUAUCUCUGCUGGAUGAGGAACUUCAGCUAUCAGAUGUUAGCCUGUUAGCUGCAGGCUAAAUAUCAACACUAACAUAUCAGUUUGAUUUGAGUAGAGUAUUUAAUGAUGUCACAGAAAUAUUAGAUUCUUCCUUCAGUCAGCUUUUCAAAACGAGCAGACGUGUUAGUGAGACAAAGCACACACAAGUACAGAUAGCUACUGUUAGCUUAAGUUAGCUACUUUUAGCUAAAGUUAGCUACUGUUAGCUAAUGUUAGCUACUGUUAGCUAAAGUUAACUACUGUUAGCUAUUGUUAGCUAAAGUUAGCUAAUGUCAGCUCUUGAUAUCAUCCAGUUUCUGUUUUAGACUGAUUUACUUUUGUAGUGUUAAUAAUAAACAGGGGAUGACAUCACAUGACACAACAUUGCAUGAUAACAUCACAGUAGGUGGCUGUAACACACUUUAACGCUGAUGAACAAACAGACGGUGCAUUAACUAUCCAACAGUGUCCAGCGUGUUGUCACUUCAGUCACAGAAUUGCGUCCGAGACGAUACUCGAACUCAAGUAAUCAUCCAAAACAUCUUCAUCAGAUCUUCGGUCACGUGAUCAUGUGCUGAAGGUCUCACCUUGAUGCUCACCUUGUUCUCAGAAUAACGAUGAGACUCAAGAUGUUUUCUUGUAACUGCGACUACGAGUCACGAUGAUGGAACGAUCUGUUUCUUUACUUUUAUUAAUGACUCGAUGUUCCUUUAACUGAGCUCUUUAUGUUUUAUCAUUUGAUGACAAAUAAUUUUACAGUCUUUGUUUCACUGUCAUGAAUCUCCAUGUUGAAUCUGGAUUUCAUUAUUAUGAAAUCUUUUAAAUGUUUUGUUUGUUAUUCAACUUAUUUGAUUAUGAGAAAACAUCUUCAGUAUUGAUUGAUCGAUCGAUUGAAGAGGCUGUAGUUCCUGAUCCAGCUGUUGUUGUGAUUUGUUGGUCUUCACUUAGUUUAAUGAUAUUUGGGACCAUCUGUUGGCUUUCAGCAGAUCUCUGAUCAGUUUCCACAUGUGAAGGUUAGAACACGCAUGCAUGCAGCACAGGUCUCAGGUCAGAGCUCACCUGUCUGUUAAUCCUCUUUGAUUCAUAUACUUUGAGUUUUGAUUCUGGUCUGACUGAAGGUCUGCGGCUCACUUCUGUCUGGCUCUGAAUAUUACAUUACCCAUGAGCCUCAGCUGCUGAGCCGAUCCAAGAUCUAAAGGUUUAUAGAUUUAUCAAACGAGCCUGGCAACAGAGUGUGGAGUCUCUGAUUGGACGGUUCUGACAACAGUGCAUUCUGUGUGCAACAAGUCCUCCUCACAUGAUUUAAGCAGUCAGUUUUAUCUGUGGGAUAAAAAUCAAUGUAUCACUAUCCGAUCAGAAUGUUCCUUUUUACUCAGUUGUUUCCAUGUUUUUCAUUUCUCAGUUUAGAAACGUCAGCUGAACCCACAAAGAUAAAAAAACGCUUUUAAAUUUAACAUCAGAAACAUUUCAACAUUUAACUUAUUUAUUUAUUUCCUUUUUUAAUCAAAUUGUCUUUUUUUUAAAUCCACGUCUGAACUUUGGUACGAGCUCCUCACAGAUCAGCUGACCUUUGAUCAUUAUUGAUCAUUAAAUGUUUCACAUUCACUUUGAUUCAAACAGAAAAUCUUGGUGUGAGUGACUUAAACCGUGAAGCUUUAAUAAAUCAAACGUUCUGAUCUUCAGGUAGUUCAGGACUUCAGUUUUCUUGCCAAAGUUUUAUUGAUGUGUAUCUGAAGGUUUUAUUUUUGUUAUUGGAUGAUAAAGUGCUGAUUUAAAGGAGCAGGUGACUGUUUUAUUAUUGUUCACAACUUAUCCUGUUAUUGUAGAAUAAAACCAGAUCUGAACAGUCAAAACACAGAGAAGUUGUAAUAUUAUUGAACUGAAGUCAUGAUUUGGAGAAAAAAGAGAAGUUUUAUGAUUACCGGAGAAAGGUGACUUUGAGUUUCAACGUCCUGAUGUUGAUGAUGAUGAUGAUGAUGAUGAUGAUGAUGAUAAUAAUAAUAAUAAUAAUAAUAAUAAUAAUAAUGAUAAAAAAGUUAUAAUUCUUGAUAAUUGUUAUUAUUAUUGUUAUAAUAAUUGCUAAAAUAAUAGUACUACUACUAAUGAUAAUAUUAUGAUUAUUGUUAUCAUAGACUUUUUUGUAAAUUAAACUUUGUCAGAUUUGUACCAUAACUGCAAAACUUCAGUUUAUCUGUUUUAUUCAAAACUAUAAAUUAAUUAUUGAACAACUCUUUUGAUAAUUGGACUGUGGAGUAUGAAAGAUAAGUCGUCUCUGUUAAAUGUGACAGUGAACAACUGCUCAUGGAAUCCAGAACAGAGUCAACACAUUAUCAUCUUAAUUAUUGUCUUUAAUCAAUUAAAUAAGUUGUGACAGAAAAACAUCCGUUUCUCUCCAAAUAUUGACUUUGUUGGAUAAUAUUCUUCUUCUCUUCCUCCAAGUUCUGCAGACGACCUUCCAUUCAGCUUUGUGUAAUUUUAUUUUGAAAAUGCUUUCUCCACUUCGCCCUCUCAGCACAUGUGCGCUUGUGCGCACACACACACACACACACACAGAUGUAAUGUGUGUAUUGAAACACUAAUUUUAAAUAUUCUUUCAGAAUAAAAGUAGCCCUUCAACAGUG